UAGAGCUGCCUUUUUUAUUCAUAAAUCGUUUACUCGAUAUGUUUUGAUACCAAAUUAUUCAAACAUAUUAGAUAUUGCUUGCACGUAGCCGUCGUUGAUGUGCUGUCAUUCAUCCUGGUUAUACGCCAGCCUCAUCAUACUCUUAACUAUACCAGGGAACCCAACUUUGUUUCUACGAUUUCCUUUACAUCAAAUAGAGAUUACGACUUAUUUUAACCUGUUCAAUGUUUAUCGAUUUCCACGGAACUCUGGACGUCAUAACGUUUCUCAUAUAAUGACAGCAAUGAUAGGCCUUCCUCCUACUAUGUGACAUGUUUGAUUCAAAAAUUCAAAAUUGACAGUACAUCCUGGAGUAAAAAUGCCAAGUACUGUGUUGGGACGGCCGUUAUACUGUGGAACAUGUAUCAAUGACUUAGUUCGUAUAUCUGAAGAUAUUCAUUUAGACAAAAAAAAACCCAAAAAUGUUUGCCAAAGUCUGAGCAAAUUAUUAGACCAAGGAAAGAAAUAUAAGUUAGAUGGUGAUGAUGAAAUGGCUUACAUAGUUUUAAUGCGAUGGGUAUAUUGCAUAGGUUGGCUGCAGAAGACUCCUGAAUACUCAAGAAAUAAGGAUCUUCUCAAGCCGUAUGUCAAAGGAUCCCAGGUCAAAGAUAUACUGAAUCAGCUUGAACAUAUUGCUGAUAAGUUGAAAAAGAGAUAUAAUGCUAAAGCACUAGAAGAUGGUGCCAGACGAAUAGUAGACAAUGUGGAGAAUAUGCAAAUCAAACCAGAAUGUGCUAAUGAUGACGAUCUGAUGAACGAGGUUAGCGAUGUACAAUUAAACUUGCCUGAUACACCAACUGAUGACCCAGCAAAGAAAGAGGCUGAUAAGUUAAUAAGUUGUAUGGACAUGUAUCAAGAAAUGCACAAACUAGAUGAUAGGAUGAUAAUCAUAGACAUCAGAGCACGAGAUGAGUUUGAAAGUUCACACAUCAAGAGCAAUCAGUGUAUAAAUAUUCCGGCAGAUCACAUAAGGCUUGGAAUAUUAGCAACAGAUCUGUUCAAGUCUUUGGCUUCUUUGGGUGUCGAUGAAAAUAGGCGUCGUGUCAUUCGUCACAGAACUCGGGAGUACUGUGACCUAAUAGUAUUAUUAGAUUGGCAGACAACCGCAGCCUCUUUGAAACCAACCAAUCGAUUGAACACGUUGAAAACAAUUCUACAAGAUUGGGACCCUGGUGUGGUUUAUCGGGAAAUAGUGGUGUUGGAGGGAGGCUACAAAGAAUGGUUAACACGGUUUCCCACACUCACUACAAAUCCCAGUAUUACGCCACCUGAUGACGAGGGUAACAAUAUUGUGGAGAUGUUGGAGGAAGUGGAAUACCCUGAUUGGAACCAAUCAGAUGAAGACCAACCGUUUAUAAAAGUAAAACACAAGCCAGUUCCUGAGAGAAGCUUAAAGCCAACAAUAAAAAACAUUUUGAUUAUUCCCAAGGGUGAUAGUUUGGACUAUAGAAAUUUAGGCACUACAAAGACUUUAGACAGCCUCAAUGAUACCAAUAUUUAUACCAGGACAGAUAUCGCUGAUGAUGCAUUUAAUAAUGGAACCAAAUUUCACAUUCCAUCUACUAAAGGUACAGACGUCUCAAGUAUGAAUGAUCAGGAUAUCAAAAGACGAGUUGUAAUCACCCAACCUGUAGAAAAUGAAUUAGCAAAGCCAGCAAUCGAUCGCAGUAGUAAACCUGUUGGUGAAAAAACUUAUGACACAAAUUCAGAAACAUUGUUGAGUUUGUUGAAGCAAAAAAAUGAAACGCUGAAGAGUAAAGUAAAGUUGGAAAAUAGGAGAUUAGAAUUGGAGAGUCAGUUAUUUGGGAGAGAAGUUGCUGAGGAUACCAACACUGAACAAAAGGCUGAAACAUUAAAACAAAUUGAAGUGCUAAAUACGACUAUAAUGGAAAAGAUGAAGCAAUUUCUGGGUAUUGAACAAAAAUUACGAGAGUACAAACAGGACAAGAUCGGGGUAAGCCCAGCACAAAUUGAAGCGCAAGUUCGACUGCAGCUUGAUAUUGGCCUUGCAGAAAAUGAGGCGAGGAAUGUGGCUAUUCGCCGGAAUGUAUUUUUGAAUGAACGUGACAAAAAACUGGAGGAAAACUUGGAAAUGAAGAAGAAGAAUAUGUCAACGCCGCCGAAAAAGACUGAGCCAGAUACUCACAAAACACCUCUACGACAAGAUGGACCAUCAAUGAACAGUUCCCUUAAACGAUCGUAUUCCAGUCCAAACCUCGCGCAGGUAAAGAAGUUGAAAUUGCAAUGCCAUUUGGAAUCUCGAAAAGAAUCAAUUGAUAGAGGUCUGGAUACCAAAAUACCUCAAGUCGAUCGAACGUCGAAACCUCUGCAGCAGCAACAGCCAAGAACUGAUAUUUCAAAUGAUACUGUUAUCAACCGGCAGCCCUUAAGAAGGGAUCGAGAACAACGGAUGAGCCCUGUCUUUGGAAAUAUGCAUCCUGGCAUAACUGGGCUCAAGAAUCUGGGAAACUCAUGUUACAUGAACAGCAUAAUCCAGUGUCUAAGUAACACAACUAGCUUAGCAAGAUAUUUCAUACAAGGAUUUUAUGCCGACGAUCUGAACACGAAGAAUAAGAAAACUCAAGGACAAGUUGUUGAAGAAGUUGCACAAGUGAUCAAAGCCUUAUGGUGUGGUCACUACCGAAGCAUAUCUCCUCGAGAUCUCAGGGUAGCCAUAGGCCAAUAUAAAAUGCAGUUUGAGAGUUACGAACAGCAAGAUUCCCAUGAGUUCUUGACAUUCCUCUUAGAUUGGAUGCAUAAUGAACUGAAAACGAAAGCAAAACUGGAAACAGACCGAUCACUCAGCAAUGCAGAGAAAGAAUGGGAUAAAGCAAUGGGGGGUCAAACCUCUAUAAUUUCCCAACUAUUUUUCGGUCAACUGAGAUCCACGAUCAGCUGCACUACAUGUGGAAAUAGUAGCAUCACAUACGAAAGUUUCAAUAGCCUGACUUUAUCCCUACCAGCCACCAUUCGAUGUACCUUAGACGAUUGCAUAAGGAGAUAUGUAAGCGGACAAAGGGUUUCCGGGUGGAGAUGCGUAAACUGCAAAACUACGAGAGAUGCUACAAAAAAGUUCGAUUUUGUUAAACUAGCACCUAUAAUUGUGGUUCACCUGAACAGGUUUGGUGAAACGGGAGGAUGGAUACAAAAAAUAAAUACGGCUGUAGACUUUCCACUCACAUCACUUGACCUAAGGAGCUACGUGGCAAACGACUCAGGGACUACCACAACUACCACAAACUCUUAUCAUCAAACCUAUAAUUUAUAUGCCGUCUCAAAUCAUUACGGAACUAUGGACGGGGGACAUUACACUGCCUAUUGUAAAAGCGCUUCGCAAAACAAGUGGUACAAAUAUGAUGAUCCUACAGUGACAGAGGUAUCGCCAAACGAAGUGAAAUCGCAAACCGCCAGCGCCUACUUGCUCUUCUAUACAUCUGUACCGAAUUCUCCGUACAUGGUCAUGUAGUGCAGUAUGGUUCUGGAGUAUCUAAUAUAAUAAUGGACUUACUUGAUCUGUCGGGCAAGGAAACAAAAAUAAUUGCCACCUGUGCUUAAUGGUGUAAGUCAUUGAUUUCAUUGCUUAACUAAUUGAAAGAACAUUAAAUUCAGUGACAACGUUGAACGGCUAAAAAAUGUACAUGCAGUACCUGCUUUUCUUUCGACAAAUUUUUAAAAUAUUAAAAAAUGAAAGUGUUCAUACAUGGAUAGUGGCAGGAUGUGAGGAAAGAUUUUUAAUUCUAAUUUCGGUUUGGUAUUAUUCUAAACAACCAAAAUAUUCUUAUAUUAUGACUCAAUACUGCACUUCCGUACCAACGGUUAAACCUAUGGGGUCACCUAUCUUUGCUUUUUGCUGACUUUGCUGCCGCUCUGUAUGAGCAUACAGUAUGUGCCUGCUGCCUACAUUUACGUAUUAGUAUACGUAAAUAUCAAUGCGGAUGUGAAUGGGAAAUGUGAUAUUUUUGGUAUAGCCUAUCGUAUGAAUUACGUUUAUUUGUAUUAUAGCGGCGCAAUACUAGUUUAUAGUUAGCUGUGGCCUUAUCAAGGAAGUUUGCUAUCAUGUUUUGUGUAAAUAUGAAAAUCCAUGAAGAAUAUAGUUAUUUCGAUUGCAAGAUUUAGUUAAUAUUAAAAACUAGAAGCGUGUCCGAAAAUAGUUUGCUUGAUGCGCCGAACCGAUUUAUAAUCAAUCGAUCUUUUUUCAAUGCUAAAUAACAAGCAGUGUGAUAUUCGCUAAAUUUUUCUGAUCUAAUUUCAAUCAUUGAGAGCAAAAAAAUUGUAAAUAGUUUCGCUGGAAGGAGCAGAGUGGAUGCAAAACUGUUGAUGUUUGUGAGGGGUUGCUAAUUUAACUAGAUUGUAAAGAUGCCUUUGAAAAUAUGCCGAUAGAAAACCAGUCAUAAUUUAAAUGGAUGUAUGUAUUUAUUUGUGGUUAACUUCUUUAAGUAUUUAAUUCAGAAACCCUGGCAUGUGAUGUCGCCGGAUGAAAAUUGGUUUUCUUUUUUCGAAUACAUUCCACGACAUCAAGCCUAAUUUACCUAUCACUGUAUUAUUUCAUUUUCCUACCGGUUGUAAAUAUUUAUACUCACAGUAUAGAUGCAUAUUUUAAUUAUAUUAUUUAACAGUAAAGUAUCCGAUAUAUAUUGUGGAAGACAUCAAACUAUCGAAAAAUACCCAAGUUAUAAAUGUGAAUAUUCUGAAAUAUAUAUCAUUUUUGAAAUUUCACAAAAAAAGAGAUUAUUUAAAAUAAUCACAUUAUCAGUAUAUAUGUAUGUAAGUUGUAAUGUGUAUAUUGGUAAAAAAUUAUUUUUUAAACACAUCGCAGGUAACAAUUUUCGAUCUUCCCUCCCAAUGAAUUACUAAUUCUUUAUUGGUUGCGUGAAAGUGUCCCUCAAAUUGACCCAUAAUCAAAGAUGUGCCCAUAAUAUACUUAUGGUUUUUCAAUGGCUCAAGAGAGGGUGCUAAUUUCACGUCACUCAAGAAUUAAAUUAAUAUUUGCCAUGAUCGUUGAUCGAGAAGCAUCUGUUCUAUCAGUUCCACCUAUUCUCUCUUUUUGUGCAGAUACGUAAUAUAGUAUUUGAUUAUUUGGCUGAUUGUGAGCAUUCAGGCAGCUGGUGUAGACUUUUACAUUAAGAAAGUUAUAGCCGUUGACUAAAGUGAAGAAUUAUAUUUUGCAAAGUGCCAGACACAACUUAUGAUUAAAAACGACGCGUGGAUGGUGCGAAAAUAAUAUGACUGAACAGGGAAUCAGGAUGUUUGAGGCAAAUGCAAAUAGCACCAUGACCAAACUACGUACCGAGUAUGAUCCAUGGGCCUAUGACAUACUAAAUAUCAACGCGAACAAUCGAG